AUGUCGCGUAAACGCAGUGGACCGAGAGAUACGGCUAAGGAUAUUAUACUUGGCCUCGACCCUUCUGGUGAAAGCCCGAGGCAGCCAAGAGAAGGUAUUGCUAAAAUCACAGAUGCCAACUGUUUUUCAAGAAAGAAGGCGCCAGUAAAUGCCGUACAACCAACUCUUAUAAAGCAAACUGAUUCAAACGUAUUGCAAAAUUUGCAAAAUCAGCUUUCUUUAUUACAGCAGCAAUAUAAUGAAUUAUUAAGAAAAGAAAUGGAAGCCAGAAAAAUUUUGGAAGCGAAUCAGAAUGCUCUAAAUCAAAAACUAUCAUCAAUUGAUAUAAAUGAUCUAAUGAAAGAGAUUGAAGGAUUGAGGCGAGGAAUCACAAUGAACGACGGAAAGGCAAAUCGGAACGUGGAUAACAAAUUGAAUGAUCUAUGCCAGCAGAUUAAUGACAUUAAGAGAAUGAUUACAGAUGAAAUAGACGAGCGUUCGAAAAUGAUACAACUUCAAAAAGAUGACAUUAUUCAAAAGAUAUUGUGUGAAGAAGAAUUUAAAAAUUUUGAAAAACAAAAUUUCGAAAGAAAAAUUAAACAAGGACUGGAAAAGAUGAAUGAAGAAAUUCAGCUGCUAAGAGAUGCGAAAAAUAUUAAAAGUGGUGUAAAUCAAAAUAUUAAUGAUGAAUCAGAAUUAAAUCGUAAAAUUAUGAAAAAUUCUUCCGAUGUACAAGAGUGGUGCAAAAGACAGAUUAAUGAAUUUAAAGAAGAACUAGCAAGAAAAUUGGCAAAAGAUCUCGACAAGAAACUGGAAAUUUUGUCAAACGAGCUUCGCAACAUGUCUGAAGAUCACGAAAGAGAAAAGGCGGAAUGCAGAAACAAGCUGAAUGGCAUCAAUGAAGCAUUGGCCAAUUUAGAAAGUCAAAUUGAAGAUGGUGACAACAAAAUAAAUAAAUUGACUCUGACUAGUUCACAAUCGAGGAAAAAUGACGAAAAUCGUCUAUUAAUGAAGAUAGAUGAAAUUGAAGAACUCAUAAAUCAUUAUACAAACGACUUAAAAAAAGUUAUCGGUGAUAUUCAUAAUGGCAAACAAAAUAUUAAAUUUCCUUCAUUUGAUUUCGAUAUUUUACGAAAUGAAAUGGAUUCAAUUGCUGCUGAUCGAAAUAAAAUGAGUAUGGCCGGCUUGUUGAAAUUGGAAGAAAAAAUAAGCGAAUUGCAAAACGGAUUUCAUCGCGAUAAACUCGAGCUUCAGCAUCAAUUUGAAAUCUUAGCAAUAAAUAUGGAUGGGAUGGAAGGAAUUACCAACCAUCUUCAUAAACUGCAAUCUAUACACAAUGAAAUGAAUAAAGCACAGCAAAUGUUGAGAGACAGAGUAGAAAAACAGAUACCACAUGAUUUAAAUGAAUUAUCUGCUAAAACCGAUAAUGUGAAGCAUCAAUUAAACACAAGAAUCGAUCGAGAAGAAGAAGAAAGACUUUUUGCCAUAAAGAAGCUUCAAGAGAAGAUCGAAACUGAUUUGGGAUUGCAAAAAACUGAGAACAAAAUUGGCAUCGACGAAAAUAUGAAAAUUGCUGUUAGAAAACUUGCCGAAUCGGUUGUCACAGCGAAAGAUUUUCUUAAUAAUAAGAUUACGGUUGAAGUACAGCAAGUUUGUGUUUGA